AUCUCCUGAGGGUAAAAGCUUCCCGCUCUCGCCCUGACAUGGAGAUAAGAGAUCCGACUGAAGCUUUAAACAUAUAGGCUGUGCGUGAGGGGAGUCCAUCAGAGCGACUCCAAUCACCGCCGCUGUUCCUGGCUAAAUUUCCCUGCCUGACGUCAGCUGACUCUCAGCUCCUCCGGACACAGCGCCGCGUAAAAAAUGCUGCUCUCGGUGCCGCCAAGGACAGGAAUCAGCCCGUACAACGGCUACACCGGAAAAAACAUCAAGAAGACAUAUGUGUCCCCCUCCAGCCAUCACAUGGCUUCUCCAAGCCCCAACAGCAACAACAGUAGCAGCACUAUCACCCUCAGCAACGGCGGCAGCAACAGCACUGGAGGAGAGCAGCUCAGCAAAACCAACCUUUACAUCCGUGGCCUUCCUCCAGGAACCACAGACCAGGAUCUGGUCAAACUCUGCCAGCCAUAUGGGAAAAUUGUGUCCACCAAGGCCAUCUUGGACAAGACAACCAACAAAUGCAAAGGCUACGGUUUUGUGGACUUUGACAGUCCGGGUGCAGCUCAGAAAGCUGUCACAGCACUGAAGGCUGGAGGAGUCCAGGCUCAGAUGGCCAAGCAGCAGGAGCAAGACCCCACCAACUUAUACAUCUCCAACCUGCCUCUGUCCAUGGAUGAGCAGGAGCUCGAGAGCAUGCUGAAGCCUUUCAGUCAGGCCAUUUCCACUCGCAUCCUCCGCGAUGCCAACGGGACCAGCCGAGGCGUGGGCUUUGCCAGGAUGGAGUCAACAGAGAAAUGUGAGGCCAUCAUCCAACAUUUUAAUGGAAAAUAUAUCAAAACUCCUCCUGGAGUACCAGUUCCAUCAGAACCUUUGCUGUGUAAAUUUGCUGAUGGAGGCCAGAAGAAGCGUCAGAGCCAAGGGAAGUACCUGCAUAACGGACGGCCCUGGACACGAGACGGAGAGUCUGGAGGAAUCACGCUGACCUAUGACCCCACCACAGCCUUACAGAAUGGGUUCUACUCCUCUCCUUAUAGCCUUGCUCCAAAUCGAAUGAUCGGGCCAGCCUCCCUCUCGCCAUACAUGGCUUCACCUGUGUCCACCUAUCAGUUACACAAUCCAUCCUGGAUACAUCAGUCAUACAUAAUGCCACCCACAGGACCAGUACUCGCAUCAGGAAUGGAGCACACCAUGUCCAUCCAGCCAACUUCGAUGAUCGGGCCUCUGACGCAGCAACUCAGUCACCUUUCUAUGGGCAGCAGUGGUACAUAUUUGCCUGCAAACACAUCUAUGCAGGGGACCUACAUGCCCCCGUACACCCAAGUGCCUGCCACCAACAUCUCAGUCGAGGAAAGUGCCGUCCAACAGCCUGUUGCCAUAGAAACACCCACAGAACAUGCAACCUACUCCUACCAGCAUAACAAGUGAAGAGUUGGUGUCUGUGGCAGAUCUUCCUUCGGAGCCUGGAGCUGCCGUCACAAGGCCCAAGUGCUGAAUCUCGCAGCAUGGCGACUCUGUAGCGUCGGACAUCCUGUGGGGGAGAACAUGAACUGUUCCACGUUCAAAAGGGACAUUAAAACAAGAUAUUUUCUAUGAACUCAUAUUUGAAAGCAAGCAAGCGAAGCUGGACGACGGUGUGAGGACAAGAACAGAAAUGAACAUAAAAGUCAGAAAGUCACACACACACAAACACACUACAUGCUAAAUUCUUCUCCAGUGAGCUAGAAGGAACCAGGAAAAUAAUAUUUCCACAUUUUUUAUUAUUAUUUUCUGAGUCCUGUUUUGUUUCGAUCUUUUGUAAAAUAUGCAGGUUUUCAUCUGAUCUUUUUUUUUCUGUUUUGUACAUAUUUUCUCGUGUCCUAGUUUUAUUGCUCAUUGCAAAAAAAUUAACUGAAGUACUUCAAAGAACUUAUUAUAGACAGGUAUGACUUGACACAGUUUUCUCUUGAAGUGUUGGCAAGUUUAUCAGGUAUAAAACUUUGCCUCAGGCCGUCUGACUUCCUUCUUACUUUGGGGCACUUGACUCUCGGAUGAUUUAUUGUUUAAAUAUUUUCUGCAAAGCUUCUGACAAUCACACGACAAAUUUAUCAGUGAGGAUGUUUUUAUGAAGUAGAUUUAAAGCAUUCCAGUUACAGUGGCAUGCAAAACAUUUGCCAAAAUGUUUUUGCGAGAUAAAGAUGACCUAAAUUCCAAAUGUCAUGUACUCAAAAUUAAAUGUCUUCAAUGUUUUAAGCAGGUUUACAGCUUAUUUCAGAUUUUACUCUUCAAAAUAAAAGAGAUGAGGGUCAUCUUUUUUGUGAGUUUCUUACACAUUCCUUCUCUGAAGAACUGAAGAUUGAGCAAGGGUUUUUAUUUAUUUUGAAAUUCACAUAAGAGGAUGGAAACAUCUCACCAUUGGCUUUUUCAUGCACAGUUACAAAGGAUGCGUGAUCUAACCGAAACCCAUUCUUUUUUCCACCAAUGUUUGUAAUAAAAAGCCCAAAUUGAUGAAAUCCCUCUUCAUGUCUUUGAAAUUCACUAUUUGUGACAAAUUAGAAAUUUUCUGCAUCCUAUACAACUUGUUUCCUAAAUGCACGAAACAUUUUAUAGAUGCUACUUUGCAGUUUUGUAAAAUUUUUGAGAAUUUACUUUUAGGUUUAUGUUUGAUGCAAAUGCAAAAAUGUUAUUGGAGCCCUCAGAUCUUAUUUUUUAGAUGUAAAAAGUAUUUUCUAAAAUCAAAGCAACGAUCUAAACUUGCGUAAAUCGACGAGGACCUUAAAAUUGAAUCCUUUUGCUUGUUAAUCUCUGAAGUACAAAGACCCAAUUUUGCAUGCCACUGCAUUAUUGUAAAAACUAGAAAAUGUAUUAUUUUAUUUCACUUUGAGCUGUUUGGAACAAUUCAAUCCAAAGUUUCUCAACAGGGAUCAAAACACCCAGAGCUGCCUGUAAGUCAGAGAAACUUUUAUUUUUUGGUUUGCUUUCUAACUGAUGAAGUCACAUCAUACAUGAUGAAAGGAUUUGCAGCAUGUUUUGUAUUUUUUAUGGUAAUUUCUGAAUUUCUCAUCAAUUCUUGUAAAACCAUAUUUUAUGAACUAAGCAGAUGUUCCUUCAAGAGCAAGGCUCCAUCCAGUUUUGUCUUCACCAGUAUGAAAAAACACUAUUUUGGCUGGAUUCUGUAUAAAGAUGCUUUUAUACUGGCUGUUGCUGUAUGUCUGCAUCUUUUGAAUUGUUGGUUUCAAUCACCAUUGUUUGAGACAUUUUGUUAUUUAAAGUAUUUUUUUUUCUUGAUGGAUCGUAUUUAAAAAAAAAAAGCAUCAAUUUUUAUUUUUGAUAGGGUGUUGCGUCCUGCAGAUGGUAGAGUCGUCUUAACUAGUGGUGACAUUUUAUGUUUGUUCUGGUUUAUUGUUGAAGUCAAAGCAGUUUUAAUGUUUUAACAUACAUUUUUACAAAGCUUGUGUCAUGAUUGUUGGCACUUUUUUCUUUGCAUGACUCCAGAUCAUAAUGAUAUUUAUGUUUGUUAGUGUUAGUUUCAGAUAAGCUGUUACAGUCAAACCCAAAGCAGAUGGGAUCAGUGACAGUGAAAUAAUUGUGCUCAAAACCUCAACUUACCUCAUUUUGCAACUCAAGACUGUGUACAAGGUUAACAGGAAGCGACCAAAUGCAGUCGGUCUUAGACUGCUCACAGCUGGUUCUGUGUCCACAUCCUUUAACUCAUCCAUUCAAUGUUUGGAAGCUACGCCCGAGAUCAGUCAUCUAUGCAAUAAUUGCCAUCCAUAUAAAUGCAAUAAGAAAAACAUCCAAAAGACACAUCACCGCCACACAAUGUGGCUUCAAAUUUCAUGGCUUUUAUCUUUUACUAGAAUUUUUUGUUUGAAUUGGUUCAUUAUUUGUGAACAAAUUAGUACAAAAAGGGAGUUAUGAAGUCAAUGACCCACAAGCUAUUUGUUUUUGUGUGUUUGAAAGGUUUUAUUUAAAAACAACAUAUUUGUGCUUAAAACGUGACUCCACUCCCUGCUAUUUCAUCUUCUCCAGCAUCCAUCCCUUUGAAAUGACUCACACAGAAAUGCCUUAGACUUCACUGGAAGGGAUUGUGAAACGCUACUCAGUUUUCUGGGCUUCUUAUCUGACUGGAAUUGUUUUCAUGCACUGCAAAUGUUAAAAAGUGUUUUCUUAAACUACUCAGAACACAAAUAUAGAAACUGACAUGUCUGAACAUCGUUUUCAGUCCUGAACAUUGAUGUAAAGUCAGCUUGAACUGAAGUACCCACUGCUGCUGCUAAUUUUGGAUUGCUAUCACUUAUAGCUGAAGGCCAUUCAAAGUUUCAUAUGUGAGGACAACGUGUAAGUCUUGUUUUCCGCAUCGGUUUCUCCCCAGUAAUACUUGUACCACCAUGCUGGAUUAUGCUUUCCUUGGAAGAGGGAAAACAUGCAAAUUCCUUCCAAAUGAAAACUUCUCUCUUGGUUUGAUUUUUUAAAUAAAUGUUUUUCCACUGUA